CCUCCCUAGUGCUUUGUGCUGAAGCAAUGGGUGCAUCUUCACCGCCCUCAUUUUCUCUAGUCCAUAGAGAGGGGGAGAAUCUCUGUUCCCAGAUGAGGAGAGAAAGAAAGAAGGGUAGCAGGGAAUGGUUUGGUUUUGGUAUAACAGGGUUUGGUUUGGUUUCUUCUCCCAGGGCUGUCAGAAGGAUGAAUUGUCUCCUGGGCCUCUCUGUGCUGUUUGCUUGGCGCUUGUCCCCAGCCCAUGGGAGCCUCUUGCAGCUGCACAACAUGAUCACGGAGGCGACAGGGAAAAACGCUUUGCUGCACUAUGCCUUCUAUGGCUGCUACUGCGGCCUGGGGGGCAAGGGGCAGCCCAAGGACGCCUCAGACAGGUGCUGCCAGCUACACGAUACCUGCUACCUCAGCCUCCUGAGCCACGACUGUGACGCCAAGAAGCAGAGCUACCACUACAAGGGGCACCACAGCAGCCCCUCCUGCAGAAAGGACUCCUGGUGUGCUCAGCUCUCCUGUGAGUGUGACCGCAGCCUGGCACUGUGCCUGAAGAGAAACGUCAGGAGCUACAGGAAACGCUACCAGUUCUAUCCCAAUUACCUGUGCAGGUGA